AUGUAUCAGAUUCACCAGAAGCUUGGACAAGGGGCCUUUGGCAUUGUUUAUCAUCUUCAGAUCAGUAGUGGCAGUGAGUUUGCACUGAAGGUUGCUGAGAUGGGUAGACUUAAGAAAGAUAUCACGGACUCAUCGACAGAAGCAAGGCUCAUGUUGAAACUGUCCCAUGCUCACCUUGUGCAGUGCUGUGCUUCCUUUAGUCAUAGCGGAAUUAUGUAUCUUGUCAUGGAGCUCUGCCCCUGUGGUACUUUGAAGAACUUCUUGAGCAUUAGAACAAGGCUUGUAAGGGAGACACAGAUUCUUGUUUGGCUUGGCCAAAUAGCUGAUGCACUCAGAUAUCUUCACGCAUGUCGGGUGAUUCAUAGAGACCUGAAAACUGAUAAUGUGUUCUUGAAUGACAAAAAGAAUGUCAAAGUUGGUGACCUUGGGAUUGCCAGAGAACUGGACUACACAGCUCAGAAAGCAGGAACUUUUACUGGCACUUUUUGUUACAUGAGUCCUGAGGUUUUGCAGAGUUCUGCUUAUUCAUUUGAGACGGACAUUUGGGGUUUAGGUUGCUGCAUCCAUGAGGUCAUGACUCUGCGUCAAACAUUUGCAGCACAGAGCAUGAUGGAUGUCAUGAGCAACAUCAUGGAAGCUAGGGUUCCACCAAUGCCUGAUGUUUACAGCCAGAGGUUGCAAGGUUUAGUUCUACAAAUGUUAGAGAAGGAACCCAAGAACCGUCCGGAUGGAUUGGAAAUUCUUCUUGCUGUUAGUAAAAUUCAAGGGUUUCCAUUUGAAUCAGGACCAUUCGUACCACUGGAAAAUAUUAAGUUAAACCAGAAGAUGUUGAUGAAAGCCGUGCAGACGUUUGAGCUGAAAUCUUCAAGGAAUCAAAACAUCAUUUCUCACAGGGAUAAAUCUACAUUCCAGCACUUUGAAGAUGUUGAUGAGAUAAAAGAAGAUAAAUCAAACUCAACAAAUAAUACUCAACUUCCAUUGCAUAUUGAACGUACUAGCAGAAAUCAUAAUCCGUCAUCUGAUUCUGAAAGAAAAACAACUUCAAAAAGUCGAAAUAUGAAACAAGAAGGACAAAAUAAUAUUUGUAAAACUGAAAAGAUUUCAGAAAGCCAUAAAUUACCACGUGAUGUUCAAGUCCAGCAGUACGAAGUGUUUGAUAAACUUGUAUCAUCAUCGCAGUUGUGUUCAAAUAAAAGUGUUGAUGGUUCAUCGUCACUCUUUAGUGAAUACAUGGAUUGUCUGGCCAGAGACUCUCAGCAGUGGCUAAGAAUGAAGUUUGGAUCGCUGGAGAAAGAAAAAGUCCUGGAUGAUGACUGCGAUAGCACUGUGACCUUGUAUACUCGUGCUCAAGUGGUGAGGUACAACAACACGAAGAACCAUUCGAAUCGGUGA